CGCUCCUUUUCACCACACGGACUCUCGCUACCUUUCAGCUUCAGCUUCAUUUCUCGGGAGGCGUCGCCGACGCUGCGGACGACAGGCCGCCAUUCCACCACCUUAGCGCUCCCAGAUAGCGAUUUCACAUCUGUUUCUUUUUUCUUGUCCCAUCCUUUCCUGCUUUCGUCUCCCUUCGCUGUGCGUUUUCUGAUGCCGAUUGCCACCUCGCCGUCCGCGCUGCCCCGUCCUGCCACCUUCGCCAAGAUGGAGGACAGGAAGAGACCCGCGUCUGGCGCGGUUGACGACGGCGCUCCUCCUAGCAAGCGGCAGGCUGUAAACGGCAGCAGCAAAUCCAAAGACGACUCGGGCGACAUGAAAGAAGAGGCCUGGAUUGAGGAAUAUCAGAAAGGCGCCAUCUAUCGGCAGAUGCUUGAGUACAAACGGGAAAAGAUCAAUUUAGAGGGUCGCGUCCAGGAACUCGAGAAGAACUCGACUGAUCACGACGACCAUAUUCGAAUAGUAGACGCAUGGGUACUCCAGCUUUUGCAAGAAAUCGAGCUGCUUGUCGAUGGCGCAAUAUCAUCACCGCCUCCAGCAGACUUUUCCCCAGGAUCCUCCCUUUUGUUUAAGGAUAGCAAGGAUUUUCAACGGCAUCUUGGCGAUAAAGGGAAGGCCUUCAAGUCAAAGACGGACGCCCUGUUCAAACGGCUAGCGGGCGCGCGAGGCGAGGUCAAGCCCGAAGUAGCGCAACUUGAGUCGCAGGUCAAGUCUCUUCUGGCGCAACAGAAAGAGUUGCUUGUCAAGGUCGACCGGCUCGAAUCCCAGAAGGCAUCACUCUCGGAACAGUACGACAAGGCUACCCUCAAGGUCAUCAAGGCGGAACGUAAGCUGGACCGCGCGAGGAGCGCCCAAGUACAAAAACUGGAGCAGCAGGCGUUGGCAGGAGCCACAGCUCAUACCGCUUCCAAGGACGACAGUGGGUCCAGUUCCAGCGCGGCGAACGGGGACAGCGAAGCGUUAAAGCUACAGUAUCAAGAAGCAAUGGCUGUUGUGGCUAAGCAGAAGCAGCAACUCGACGCCGCGUUAUCCGAAAACAAGGCCCUGACCGAGGAGAAUUCGACCUUCAAGAUCAAGAAGGAAGCCGUGACGGAUGAGGAGUAUGCCCGGACUGAGGUUUUCAAGCAGUUCAAGGCACAAAACGAGGAUCUGAUCAAGCGCAUCAACCAUCUUGAGGCCACAAACAAACAGCUGCGCGAAGAAGCCGAAAGGCUGCGUGGGGAAAGGACCGAGUGGAAGACCAAGCUGGAGGCCGAGGCGCAAGUCGUCACCCUGGAAUUGGAGGACCAGCUGCAGCAGAAAGACCAGGAUCUCACUCGCAUCCGCUCUGCCCGCGACGAGCUCCUGGCCGAGGUGGCGAUGCGCAAAGCCAGUCAAGAGCAGGAGAAGACGGCCAUUGCGCAAAUGAAGGAGCUUGUGGAAGCGCAGGUAGAUCGGAUCGGUCAGCUCGAGUCGGAACUAGAGCGGUUACGGCCCGGCGAGGACACAGCCAUGAUGGAUCCGCGUCCCGAUCUCGAAGCCUUGAGUGUCGAAGAGCUGCGGCACAGAUUCACGAAAUUGGAGAAGGACUUUGAGGCCAUCAAUAAGGAGCUACCGCUUCUAGAGAAGUCGUACAAGAAGUCGAUGGGACUGGCGCACAACAAGGUCAUGGACUUCCACGCGCUCGAGGAAAGAGUGGCGGCGCUUACGGCCGAGAAGAGCAAAGCGGAUCAGAAGUAUUUCGCGGCGCGGAAGGACAUGGAUAUCAGGACGGCCGAGAUCCGGACGCUCCGGGCGCAGAAUGGCAAGAGUUCCGAGAUCAUCUCGCAGCUCAAGGAUGUUGAGACGCAGAACCGGGCUCUCAUUAGCAGCCUCGAGAAGCAGGUCGCGGCCUUGAAGCAGGACAUAUCGACGGCACUGGCAGAGAGGAAGCGGUUAGAGCAGCUGAGCGCUGAAGCGACGCGACGAGCAGACGCGUGCAAGUUGCAAAUAUCGAGUCUCACCGACCUUGUGAAGGCCAAGGAUGCGGCAGUUGCAUCGAUGAAGGAGCAGCUCCACAAGGCCGAGACGGAGCUGGAGAAGGCCAAAGUGGAUGUCAAGGAAAUCACCAAGGACUGCAACAAAUGGAAGGCCAAGUGCCAGAGCAACUCGUCAGAAGAGGAAGAGGCGUUGAGGAAUUUGGUCAUCUGCUCUGUCUGUCGGAGCAACUUCAAGAACACGAUUCUUAAGGGGUGUGGCCAUGUCUUCUGCAACUCGUGCGUUGACGAUCGGCUAGCCAACAGGAUGAGGAAGUGCCCAAGCUGUAACAAGGCAUUUGACCGGUCGGAUGCCAUGGCUGCGCAUCUUUGAGCUUGCGGCACCAGAUUUGAGAACAGCAGAGCGGCAGAGCAAGCCACUGCAAACGCUGGCGUGGAGCGCCAAAGGUGGAGGACGUAUCACAGUGCCGCGAUACCGCCUCAACAGUACGACAUACGGAGCGGACGGGAAACGGCUGCCGAGCGGAGAAUUCAUGAUCAAGCGUGUGUACGAGCGGAAUUGUUGGAUCUUUAGCAAUGUAUUCUAGCGGUGUGUGAUUAGGUUCCCUCUCGUGGAUGGGAAUGUGGAGGCGGGCAGGGCCAGGUAUUUUGCUCGGGGCCAUUGUAUUUUGCCAGAUGAGCAGGAUAUAGAGCCGGCGUUACGAGGGGUUGCUGCGCGCGGAACACUGUACAGAGUUUAAGGACUGAUAUCCAGCAUCAAGAGUCAUCUUGCUCAA